UCAGAAGUAAUGCGGUUAUACAUGUCAACAUGUCACUCCUCAGGGUAUGUGCUUUUGCCAAAUGUGUGAACCGUCGCAGUUUAUUUGAGAAGUGUGCUUUUCGCCUGUCUUUUGCGGACUCCUGUCAGCUGUGUGUGUCGAGAAGGAGCGGCGCAGUGAGGCGAAUAUCAGAGACACCCUUUUAUCUUCAAAGAAGCAAUGUUUCAUUUGUAAUCCCAAAGGCAGAAGAUGGAAAGAAACGUGUUCUGGAACAGUCUCACUUGUUAGACGUGCUUGAGGCCAGGAUCCACCAACUCCAAUCUGACAUCGUUCUAGAUGUCAAACAUGCAAAGGUGCAAUUUGUUAAAGCCCACUCCUCUGGAGGAGGGGUUUUAUCUGGUAAGGGUCCCAAAAGCAAACCUCAGGAGAAAACAUGCAUUCUUAAAUCUGGACAGACUGUUGCUAAAGGAGCCCCUGCAUCUCAGCCCAGCCGCUGGAUUAAAAAAUUAACUGAGGAGAAGAAAAAGAAACUCAAGAAACAGCAGCACCUCCAGCAGACUAUACAGAAGAAUGUCAAGGAGAAGCCUAUUGCCAAAGCUAAAGGUAGCAAAAGCAGCUCAAUGCUCCCUGGUACAGCACAUAAAACUAUACUUACCACAGCUAAAAAGACUGUGCCCUUGAAUAAGAAGAGCAGAGGUGACAUGACACUGUCUGAUGAGAUGUGUGCUGCAGUUUCUUCAACGGUUACCUCCACUGCUGCUACUGCUGCUACUGCUACAGAAGGAACAGCAGCCAUGCCACAUAAAGUAUCUAAAGGGAAACGGAAGCAUUCUAAAAGUCAGGUUCUCGGUGAAGAGGUCCAGAGGACUGUUACUGAUGCCCAGGACGAGGCCAAGGAGCUGGCUGAGCAUGAGAGGAGGCUCAGUAAGCAAGUAAGCCCGUGGACAUCUUCAAAUAAACCAGAAUGCCUGCAGGAGGACAGUGAAGCAACGGCAGGCGGGGACAUCCAGCUAAGCAUCCAGUCUUACCUGGAGGCGUGUGUGUUUGCUGGGGACAAUGAGAGGGCACACCGUUCCCUGCUCAGACAGCACAGAGUUUUGAAUCGACGUAAACAUCUGAACACAGACACGUACAACAUCAUGAUGAGGAUGUCGGCCAAGAAGGGCACGUUAAAUCAGAUUGGCCGCAUAUUCAUUUUGUUAGAAGAGGCUGGUCUGAAGCCAAAUCUGGGAUCCUACUGUGCUGCCUUAGAGUGUAUGGGCCGCAAUUCCAAUUGCCCCCCAAAGAUUGUAACAAGGUGCCUGAGCCAGAUUGAGGAGGAUGGCCUGUCUUUGGAUGACCUGUUCAAGCAGUGUGUUUUCCGGCAAGAUGAGAGAGACAUGGUGAUAAAGGCUGUGCGCAUCGUCCAGCCCGACUACCAGCCCAAGCUCAACAUGACCACAAGCCAGUGCACUUCAUCGCUGGUGCAGGACUUCUACACAAAGAGGGAAGACUACCAUUACCCAAAACUGGACUUCACUCAGGAGGAGCUUCAGGAGCGUUUCAAACGUCAGCUCAGCAUGGAACAAGCCUGCAGUGUCACCAUCGACUCUGUGGAGGCUGCCAAGCCCAUCACUGAAAACAUAGCCAAAAUGAGGGAGCUGCUGGCGGAUCAGCGGGCACAGUGGCAGAAGAUCCUCCUCCAGGCCCUGAGGGAGAGCAAGAUGAUCCUGGCUAAGACCAACACCAAGGGCUACAGGCUUAACCUUUAUCCCUAUCUCUGUCUGCUGAAGGAUCGCGAGUAUGUUGACAUCAUGAUACAGAGCGUUGCCAACCUGCCUCUCAGUGGAGAGUCACUGAUGACUUUAGCCAGAGAUCUGGGCAACAGGGUCUACACCAUGUGCUCUGUGCGGCAGAAGUACCAAAUUGAGAUGAUGGAAAAGUUGGGCAACAUUUACUACGCUUACGCAGACCUGCUGGCCAAAGACACCAAGGAGUCUCACGUCCUUCCUCGGGAGCAGUGGUGUAAGCUUGAGAUGGAAGAGAGUUUAGGACCCACGCUGCAGGGUGGAGAGACCUAUUGGCCUUACACACUACCUCUGGAGCUGGGCACUUACAUGGUGGAUAUAAUGGUCAAGAACCUGAAAAUUAAUAGCGACAUCCUGAACCCGGCUCAAGACAGGAAGCGCAUCCCCAUCCUCUACCACAUGUACACCUUCCGUAGCACACGACAGAUCGGCUUCAUCAAGCCCCACCCAAUACUGGUCCAGAUGCAGCAGGAGGCCAUGGAGACCAAGCUGACCUUUGACUCCUUUGUGAUGCCGAUGCUGUGCCCUCCUAUACCCUGGAUUUCUGUAAAGUUUGGAGCCUACCUGCUGACACCUACCAAGCUGAUGCGCACGGUGGAAGGGGCCACACAACAUACGGAGUUGUUGGAGAAAUGCCAGAACCUCAAUGCAGUCUUGGACUCUCUCAAUCAGCUUGGGAACUGUGCCUGGAGGAUCAACAAACCCUUGUUGGAUAUUAUUAUUUCCAUCUUCAAUGAUCGGGGUAAUGAUAAGUUGGACAUCCCCCCUCCUCUGUCAGAGGCCCCCAAAAUACCCCAGUUCAACUCCCAUGAUCCCACUUACACUGUUUCUGAGAAAGCCCACAUGAAGAGGGAGAUCGUUAAUGCCAAAAAGAAAUACAGUGAGAUGCACAGCCUGCGCAUGGAUGCGCUGUAUAAACUCUCCAUCGCCAACCACAUGCGGGAUGAGAUCUUCUGGUUCCCUCAUAACAUGGACUUCCGGGGACGUACCUACCCCUGUCCUCCGUACUUUAAUCACCUAGGAAGUGAUGUCACACGGGCUAUCCUUGUGUUUGCAGAGGGGAAGCCCCUCGGUCCGAAGGGCCUGGACUGGCUUAAGAUUCACUUAGUCAAUUUGACAGGACUGAAGAAGAGGAGCUCACUGCAGGGACGGCUGGAGUACGCCAACACUAUCAUGGAGGACAUACUGGACUCUGCUGACAACCCUCUCAAUGGUAAGAAGUGGUGGAUGAAUGCAGAUGAGCCUUGGCAGGCUCUGGCCUGCUGCAUGGAGAUAUCCAAUGCUGUGAGAUCUCCCGAUCCAACACGGUUCAUCUCUCAUUUCCCUGUUCACCAGGACGGCUCCUGUAAUGGUCUCCAGCACUACGCUGCUCUGGGCAGAGAUGUUAUUGGGGCCACGUCAGUCAACCUCAUGCCCUGUGAGGUGCCCCAGGAUGUGUACAGUGGAGUAGCACAGCAGGUGGAGGAGUUCAGAGCUCGGGAUGCAAUGAACGGUCUGAAGAUCGCCCAGGUCUUGGAGGGCUUCAUCAGCAGGAAGGUGGUCAAACAGACCGUGAUGACUGUGGUGUACGGGGUCACACGGUACGGGGGACGCCUCCAGAUAGAGAAAAGACUGAAGGAGAUUGAUGACUUCCCCAAGGAGCAUGUGUGGGAUGCAUCUCAUUACCUGGUGCGUAUGGUCUUCUCUGGCUUAAAGGAGAUGUUUACAGGGACCAGAGAAAUCCAGGAUUGGCUGACAGAGAGCGCCAGGCUCAUUUCCAAGUCUGGCCACACUGUGGAGUGGGUGACACCCCUUGGUUUACCCAUCAUUCAGCCAUACCACCGCACACGCAGCCAAAUGCUGAGGAGUUCAAUACAACAUAUCAACCUCCAGAUCAGCCACGACACCAAAGAGAGGCCAGACACAGUUAAACAGAAGAAUGCCUUCCCGCCAAACUUCAUCCACUCUCUGGACUCGACACACAUGAUGCUGACGGCACUCUACUGCUACAGUGCUGGCCUGACAUUCGUCUCAGUUCACGACUGUUUCUGGACCCACGCCCUCACUGUGGACACCAUGAACAAGGUCUGUCGGGAACAGUUUGUCGCCCUGCACAACCAGCCAAUCCUUCAAGAGCUGUCCAACUUCCUGCUACAGAAAUACUGCACCAGGAUCCCGACCGAGGCCAAGAACAAGAAGUACCAGGAGUACAGGAGGCUGAUGCUGCUGCUGGCCAAAGUGCCCCAGACAGGUGAUUUUGAUCUCCAGCAGGUGAAAGAAUCCACUUACUUCUUCAGCUGAGAGGCUCACGAGGGCGACCCAGCGGAGGGAGAUGAGUGGAAUUGACAUGGUGCAGCAGGGAGGCUGCAGGCCCCUGGGCCUCAACCGACUCCCUCAGACAUCAGGACAUUGAUCCAGCCGUGCCCUGCCUGCCUCCUGGUCCACAGCCCGGCUGGAGCUGCUGGAGUUACUGGACUACAGUGAACCCGCCUGAUUAACUGACUAGUGGGCUGAUGGAAGGAGGGGAGGUGGGGGGAUACUCAUCCAGGCGAAAGAUGAGGGAAUCAUCAUCAUCAGAUGGAAAUGUUAAGACUUCAAUCAGAGCAAAGUAUCUCUUGUAAUGGAUAUAUUCGGGUGUGUGUGAGUGUGUGUGAGUGUGAGUGUGUGUGAGUGUGUGUGUACAUGAGCCUUACCGAGCUGUGUCUGUUCAUCACUCAGCGACACUCUCGACAAGAACGCAAAAACUUUCCCCCCCAGACUCUAAUUGCCAGUGACUGGUGGUGUGUGAGCGUUUUCGUGCUGUGAAUACCUCCACAGAGCGCCGACCUGCCGCUGCGACUGUCUCACCUAAUCAUCGAUCCCGUCGCCGACUGGAUGGCAGGAUGACUCUCUGACACACCGUUGAAACGUUGAAACGUUUUCCUGAAGAAGAGGAGAAUUUUGAGAGGAAAUGAAAGGUGUACUGCAGGACUCUCAGAGGAAGAGAAAUGUGGAGGCUCUUUGACAGCACUGUGUGCCAGUGUCCUCUUGAUUCUCACCUUCUUGGAAUGACUAAGCACUUGACAAUUGCUCUAAAAUAAAUGUA